AUGGUCCAAAUCUCGUUCACUACUCUCACUGUCAUUGCCGGCGUGCUUGCUCAAACUGCACUUGCUGCUCCUUCUGAGAAGCGUGCAGCUAGCUGCUCGUUCCCUAACCCGUCCGCCUCGACGAACGUCAAACUUUCCGCAGCUCGCACCAUCAAGGCCGGCGAGUCCUUUGAUGGCAAGAACCUCCGCUACGGUCGCGGCGUCAAGUGCGGUGGUCAGAAGGAAGGUGGAACCAAGGACGCCGUCUUCAUUCUCGAGUCCGGAGCCACUCUCUUGAACGCCGUAAUCGGUGCCGACCAGAACGAGGGCGUCCACUGCCAAGGACCCUGCACCAUCCGCAACGUCUGGUUCGAGGACGUCUGCGAGGAUGCAAUCACUAUUAGGCAGAGCUCCGGUACGACCACUAUCACCGGUGGUGGCGCAAAGAGCGCAUCUGACAAGGUCGUCCAGCACAACGGCGGAGGUCUCGUCAAGAUCGACUCGUACUGCGUCCAGGACUUUGGCAAGCUCUAUCGCUCGUGCGGCAACUGCGGCACCCAGGUCAAGCGUCAAGUGCAGAUCAGCAACGUCAUCGCUCGCAACGGUAAGCUGCUCGCCGGCGUGAACUCGAACUACGGAGAUGUGGCGACGAUAGACACGAAGACAAACUCGUACACCAGCCUCACGUCCGUGUGCGACACUUUCCAGGGCAACAACAGCGGCGCCGAGCCCUCGACGCUGACAAAGAACAAGUCUAACGCCAACUGCAAGUUCUAA